ACACACACACACACACACACACACCUUCAAGCGACUCGAGCCCGUGCCGUGGCUUUGUAACGAGCCGUCCCAGUCCAAUGCGAUGAUAUUCGUCAUAUGCAUCCGGGCUGUCAGGCUUAUCUGGUUACAAAAUGAGUCAAAAGCUAGUUUGGGUGGUUGAAACCGACCUGGUUUAAAUGUCAGUGGCGCUUUCAGUUCAUGCCACAUUCCUGGAUUCUUCACCAGAACACAAGCUUUUGGUCGGGAGUUUCGACGGGCUGCUUUUGUUGAGGCAGGGCUUGGAAGAACAGAGGAAUUUUUGGAAUAUCGAAAAGCUGCUGGUGGAAAACUGCCGGAAACGCACAAGACCAAGUCGUCUGGGAUUCGUAUCGUUCACAUGAUGGAUGUGAUUUCACAGUGCACGGAGGAAAUGACACGAUCUGUCACCCUGGAUUAACACGGACUCCGAUUCACCCAUUGGUGGGAUUUGUUAUCCACGAAUGAACGUGGCAUUUGGGCAAACUCCUUUUGGCAGGAUGUUGACACCAUGAAGGCUUGGGAAUACUGACCAUAAUAUAAUCGGGAAGAUUUCUGCCUACAUGCUCACAGCUUGCAGUGCAGAAUGGCAUCGACCGAGAGACUGUAUGAGGUUUGGAUGCUGUACUGCAAUAAGAAGGACCCGGACUACCUGAAACUCUGGUUGGAGAUCUUCAUCGGCUCCUACGAGAGAUGCCUGGAUGUGGAUUUCGAGAAACCACCAACCAGGUUGGAGGAGACGCCGCCCGUCAUGACGCUGUUACCUGAUAACAUCCUGCAGGUGUUGCGUCUGCAGCUGCUGCAGUGUGUGCAGAAAGCGUCUGAGGGACUGGAGCCCGAGCAGCAGACGUUGGCCCUCCUGCUCCUCAAGUUCCUCAUCGUCAUCUGCAGGAACCUGUCAAACGUGGAAGAGAUCAGCGCCUGUUCCUACAUAAACCACAUCAUCACCAUGACAACACUUUAUAUCCAGCAGCUGAAGAGUAAGACGAAAGAGAAGGAGCUGGCUGAUCAGACACAAGCCGAGGAGUUUGUCCGUCACGCUUUGGCCUUCUGUGAGACUCUGUAUGAUCCCUAUCACAACUGGAGGCAUCGCAUUCACGGACAGCAGCUCAGUACUGUGGAGAGAAGCAGACAGAAGUUUAAAGCUGCACCGCUCACUGUAGAGUUUGUGCCCUUCUUCUACCAAUGUUUUCAGGAGAGUGAGCACCUGAAGGACAGUCUUAAAUGUUGCCUUUUGCACCUGUUUGGAGCCAUUGUUGCGGGUGGACAGCGUAACGCCCUGCUGGCCAUCUCUCCGGCCACAAUGGAGGUGCUGCUGGGAGUGUUGGGUGCCGGCGAGUGUCUGAGCGGAGGUGGAGAUGGAGAGGACUGGGACAGCGAGGAUCCUGACAGGAAGGCUCUGUUGACUCUGGGCUGUUUGCGGGAGGUGGUGCACCGGCUCCUGGCCAGCAGCUCUGAUCAGAGACAGGUGGAGAUCAGCUCAGUGCUGGAGAGCUACUUCAAACUGCUCAACUCGGACCCCGCCGCCACAGCGCAGGUCAAAGUUCGCCCGUCGCCGCCCCGCUCUCGGCACUGGGAGAGCCGCUUUGUGGCAUUACAGGUGAACAUGCUCGAAACCAUUCAGGACAUGUUUGAGUGCAGCGACCGCCCCGUCCUGCAGGCCAUCUUCCUCAACAGUAACUGCUUUGAGCAUCUGACCCGACUCCUGCAGAACAGUAAGCUGGUUAACGCUAGGUGCACAGCCGCAGACAAGGACCAGAAAGAUUUAACCAACAGGUUACUGACAGGAGAGAGUGAGAUUCAGGUGUUCCAAGGGAGGCUCGACUCUCUUGCCAUGGCAACGAUCAAAACUCUCACGACAGUGAUGCACAAGUCGCCUGCUGCAAAGGAAGUGUUUAAGGAGCGGAUUGGCUACACUCACCUGUAUGAGGUGUUGGUGUCACUGGGUCAACCGUCCAGACACCUGCUGAAGGAACUCAUGAACAUGGCUGUUGAGGGUGAGCAUUCGUCCGUGGGUCUCCUGGGCAUCAGCAACGUUGAGCCUCUCCUGCUCCUGAUCCAGUGGCUUCCAGAGCUGGACUCUGCCGAGCUGCAGAUCUUCACUGCCGACUGGCUCCGGCGCAUCUGCGGUCUGAACCGGUGCACGCGAGCCACCUGCGUCAACUCCUGCAUGACUGCCAGAGUGCUGUCGGCACUGGAGAGACACGAGCGGCUGCACCGGGCCUGUGCCGAGAGUCUGGUGGGCCUGUUGGGAUCUUUAGGCAGCCAGUCGCUGAGUUCCUCUGAGCUCCAGAAUCUGCUGAGACUCCUGCGUCAGGACGAGCCGGGCCGCGCUCACCCGUAUGUGGGUCCGGUGCUGCGGGCGCUCCUGGGGAUGGUGCGCAAACAGGGCCUGGAGAGCGCCAUGCAGUACUUUGAUCUGUCGCCGCCCAUGGCUGGCAUCGCCGUGCCGACCAUCCUCCGUUGGCCAGGCUCCGCCUUCAGCUUCGUUGCUUGGCUGUCAUUGGACCAAGAUCAGCUGGGCCCGCCCAGUAAAGGAGAGAAGAGGAAGCAGCUAUAUAGUUUUUUCACCCCGGGCGGCACCGGGUUCGAGGCCUUUAUCAGUUCAGCCGGAGUGCUUGUGGUUGCCGUGUGCACUAAGAAAGAAUACGUCACCGUCAUGCUGCCUGACUACUGCUUCUGCGAUUCGCUCUGGCACAGUAUUGGUGUCGUUCACGUGCCGGGGAAGAGGCCGUUUGGCCAGAGUCUGGUCUACAUCUUUGUGGAUGGACAGCAGAAACUAUCAGCACCUUUAAAAUACCCAACCAUGACUGAGGCCUUCACGUCAUGCUGUAUCGGUUCAGCGGGUCACCGCACCACGACGCCUCCUCCCUCUCAGAUCCCUGAUCCUCCGUUUUCUGGAGGCAAUCCCUCCGGACGCUCGUCAUUUGGCACUAUCCUCCCGGGCUGGGGCGGCCUGCUAGGGACCAAACCUGAGUCUGUCACCAAACUGAUUUCCGCCGGGACUCAGGACAGCGAGUGGGGCAGUCCCACCUCACUGCAAGGGCAGCUGGGAAGUGUCAUGGUCUUCCACGAGCCCCUCCAAGCCAGUCACGUCAAAGCCCUCUGUAGCGCAGGACCAAACUGUAUUUCUCCCUUUAAAAGUCAAGAGGCUGAACUCGGAGACCUGGCGCCCAAACUUCUGGUACACUAUUCUCCAAAGGCAUGUAGGAACCCAAUUUGUCUGGAUUUGUCCCAUAAUAUGCUGCACGGUCGCCUGACAGGAAAUAAAGUGGUCAACUGGGAUAUCAAAGACAUGAUCAACUGUGUUGGAGGGCUUCCUGUGUUGCUCCCAGUCUUGGAACAGUUGACUUUAACCCCUGAGUUGCAUCACGUGGACCCCUCGGGGUCAGAGUUCAUCACCCCUGACUCAGCCACACCCGCUGAUGGAGACUGGGUCAUACUGCCCUCAAACAGAGCGUCAGAGGCCAGACUGGAGAAGAAUCUCGUGGCAACGUUCUUGCUGGUGAUCAAGCAUUUCCUGCAGAGGCAUCCUAUAAACCAGGAAACCCUUCUGCACUCCCACGCUGUGGCCACGUUAGGAGCUCUGCUGCAGAAGCUGCCAGCGUUCCUGGUGGACGUGAGCGUGCUGGUGGCGGUUCAGCUGUUGACUGAGCAGAUGACGUAUGAGAAGAACUCGCAGCUCCUGCAGCAGCUCCACACACACCUGCUCUUCAACUUCAGCAUCUGGAACCAAGGAGAUUUCCCACUGCGCAUCGGUCACAUCCAGUACAUGUCCACCGUCAUCAAAGACAGCAGGAAGCAGUUCAGGAAGAAAUAUGGAGUGCAGUUCCUGCUGGACACAGUUCGCCUUUAUUAUGGUUCUGGAAGUAAAGAUGCAGAUUUGAGUGAGGACGACAUCAAGACAAUCAGAGCUUCUCUCUGUGGCCUUCUGAAGUAUUACAUCAGCAAGGGAACCACCCAAGAGGAGAUCCACAGCAUUCUGGGAUACAUCGCUGCCAUUGGAGAUGAGGAACAGCUGUGUGGGAUCCUGGAGCUGCUGUUGACUCUGCUGCAGACCAGCACGGCGCGGGACCAGCUCUUCCUGCUGCUGUUUGAACCGGGAGCAGCCGACUCCUGCUACGCUCUGCUGCUCAACAACAAACACUCCGACCGCCUCCGAGAGCUCGUCUUCAAGCUGUUUGAGCGGAUGCUGAAGUGUGACCGUGUGUAUGAGAAGAGCAAGCAGAGGUUGCGCUUGAGGGAUGUGGGCUACUCUGGCCUCAGUCUGCUGUUCUCAGACCUGCACCUCACCUCCACCCUCAUCAAGUGCCUCCUUCACCAAGUGCUGUCUACUGAUACUGUUAUAAACUAUAAAGAUCUGAUGGCUGUGGUUCUGCUGACCCAUAAAGCCGGGCCCAGCAUUCGCCUGACUGUAUGCAAGAGGCUGUAUGCGCUGCUGCAGUCUCAGCAGGAUGCAGCGCUGCAGAUCUCCAGGCAGACGUGUUGGCAGGGCACUCUAAUGAGUUUGUUUGUCCGGAGCCCCGGGAGCGACGGAGGUUCUGGUUCGGGACGUGGUGACACGGCCAGCCUGGGGAGUUUCGAGCUGAGCCGCAGCAGCGGAGGAAACCGCCUGGAGCCUCCUCUGGAGCGCAGGCCUCUGGGAGACAGUGUGGGGAGGCUUGAGGAGCGAGACAGCGCCUCAGACAGCAGGUCCAUAGACAGCCUGGACAACGGAGAGCUGAUGUCCCUCUCCGAAACACCAGGGGACGCGCCCACACCCAAAGCCUGGGGCGUGAAAGCUGGGGUCUUGAGUUUGGACCUGUCCCAGCUGCAUCUGUUCAAUCACGGGGACAGCGGCAGUCAGACUCCGGGCAGCAUGCCGAGCACACCGUCUCCUCUGGAGAACGCAAAGCCCUUUCCUGGAGCUUCCUCUCUGAAUGAUGACAGCUUCCUGUUUAGUGACAAUGUGUCCCUGGGAGAGUCUUUUAACAGUGAGCGUGCGGAGGAGGAGUUGGCGCGUCUGCUGUUGGAGAUGGUGUUGUGUGUCAUGUGGAGAGGGGUGGAGGGGUCAGAUGACACCGCCUGGCUGGAGAGGGGUCAGGUGUUCUCCGCUCUCACCAAACUGGGCACUGCCAAUGAGCUGCUGCUGCCCGUCGACCACAUCAAACUCAGCCUGAUGGAGAGGAUGUUGGAAUUGGCCGUAACGGGAAACCGAGAGGCGACGACGGCCACGCUGCCGCAGCACACGGAGAACGCGGUGCGUCUUCUGCACAUGGUGCAGGACUUCCUGCAGGCUGAGGGGCUGGUGAAUCCCGCUCUGUGGACUGAGAAGGUUCUGGAGGAGACGGUGACUCUGAUGGACGGGCUGAUGGUGUGGUACGCCUCUGGCACGCAGUGGCUUCAGCUGUCUCAGGUGGGGCUACGGCUGCUGCUUGGGUUCAUGGCACAGGAAGACCCACAGGUGUGUGCCAUGGCUACAGCCAAACUGAAUGGCAUCUUGCAGACGAAGACGGUGGACUCUCAGGACGAGGCCUGUUAUCUUCUGGGCCGUGUGGAGGGAAUCCUCAGGCGCUCUGUGAGCGAGGAGCGGACAGAGGAGACCUACUCGUUUUUAGUGCCUCUCCUCCGUACCCUCCUGUCUAAAGUCCACAAACUCCUGUACAUGGAGCUGCACCUUCCUUCCCUCCCCGACACCAACGGAAGCCCGUCUUUCUUUGAGGACUUCCAGCUGUACUGCAGCUCUCCGGAGUGGAGGGUCUAUUUGGAUAAAUAUAUUAUUCCCUACAUGAAGCAAUAUGAGAUCGAGACGUUCAGUCAGGGUCAUGAGAACAUGGCUCUUUACUGGAAGGACUGUUAUGAGGCGUUCAUGCUCAAUCUGCACCGCAGGGACCGAGAGAGAGGAGAGAGCAAGAUACGCUUUCAGGAGCAGUUUGUGGAACCGUUCAGCCGUCGAGGGCGUCAGGAGAACCUGAGGUACAACAGCAUGCUGAAACAAAUCCACACGCAGAACAGCGCCAUCCUCAGGCAGUGGAGGGCGGCGCGCAGAGGACUCUUCUGUGAGAGAGGACCCUGGGUGGACAAGCAGCAGAAGGACAUGCACUGGAAGCUCUCUAGCGCUGAGAACUACUCCCGUAUGCGACUCAAACUGGUGCGGAAUUACAACUUUGAUCCCCAUAGAGAAGCCAGUGCCUUGAGAGACAACCUAGGUGUGCAGCACCAGCAGGUAAACGCCGAGUCGUUGUUGUUAGAGGCGGUGAAACAGGUGAAGGUCAAUGAUCUGGAGGAUGACAUCCUGGAGCUCCUGGAGGAGGAUCCUGCAUCGGCCAAUCAGGCUGAUUGUGAAGAGGCGGGUCAGAAGGAGAAGCUGGUGAUCUCAGAGGACUGUGAGCUGGUCACGGUGGUUGACGUCUAUCCGGGUCGUCUGGAGCUCACCACACAGCACAUCUACUUCUACGACAGCAGCACAGAGAAAGAGGAAGGUGUAGGUCAGGACUUUAAAUGGCCUCUGUCUCAGAUCAGAGAGAUUCACCUGCGCAGGUACAACCUCCGGCGCUCGGCUCUGGAGAUCUUUCUCAUCGACCAGACCAACUACUUCCUGAACUUCAAGAAGGAGGUGCGUAAUAAAGUGUACAGCCGGAUGCUGCUGCUGCGCUCUCUCUCUCUUCAUGCCACUCACUCACCGCAGGAGCUGCUCAAAGCCUCUGGACUCACACAGAAAUGGAUGAACAGGGAGAUCUCAAACUUUGACUACCUGAUGCAGUUGAACACCAUAGCAGGACGGACGUAUAACGAUCUGGCUCAGUAUCCUGUGUUCCCCUGGAUCCUGUCGGAUUAUACGUCCGAGGAGCUGGAUCUGUCCGAUCCGCGGGUGUUCAGAGAUCUCUCUAAACCCGUGGCCGUGCUGAACGAGAGGAACGCCAAAGCCGUCAGAGAGAAAUAUGAGAGUUUUGAAGAUCCCACGGGCACCAUAGACCGUUUCCACUACGGCACGCACUACUCGAACGCCGCUGGAGUCAUGCAUUACCUCAUUCGAGUCGAACCCUUCACAUCCCUGCACAUCCAGCUGCAGAGCGGCAGGUUUGACUGUGCCGAUCGUCAGUUUCACUCUAUUCCUGCUACCUGGCAAACCCUCAUGGACAAUCCCAAUGACGUCAAAGAGCUCAUCCCAGAAUUCUUUUACUUCCCAGAGUUCUUGGAGAACCAGAACGGAUAUGACCUGGGUCGCUUACAGAUCUCUAAAGAGAGGGUAAAUGAUGUCAUCCUGCCUAAAUGGGCCAAAUCCCCCGAGGAUUUCAUCUACAAGCACCGCAAAGCCCUGGAAUCCGAGUAUGUGUCGGCCCACCUGCAUGAAUGGAUCGAUCUGAUCUUCGGCUAUAAACAGAGGGGCCCGGCUGCAGUGGAGGCCCUUAAUGUCUUCUACUACUGCACAUAUGAAGGGGCUGUUGAUCUGGAUGCCAUCACAGAUGAGAAAGAGAGGAAGGCUCUAGAAGGCAUGAUCAGUAAUUUUGGACAGACACCGUGCCAGUUACUGAAGGAGCCCCAUCCCAUGCGUCUCUCUCCGGAGGAGCUGGAGAAGAGGAGAACCCGUCUAGACUCCUGUCCUCUCAACAUAUUCGAGCACCUCACUGAGCUCAAAUCCUUCUUCAUUGAGGGCAUCAGUGAUAAUGUGCCACUGGUUAAAGCCGUUGUCCCUAAGAACCAAUCACAUUCAUUUAUCUCACAGGGGAGUCCAGAUACUCUGGUAACGCUGAGCCAGAACUGCUUGAUGGGAACUCACGGCUGGCUGCCCUACGACAAGAACAUAUCCAACUAUUUCACCUUCAUCAAAGACCCCACCGUAGCCGGUGUAAAGACUCAGAGGUUUCUAGCAGGGCCGUUCUCUCCAGGGGUUGAAGUCACAGCUCGCCUGUUUGUUGUGUCUCAUGACGGGAAGUUGCUCUUCAGUGGAGGCCACUGGGACAACAGCCUGAGAGUGACGUCUCUCGUAAAGGGCAAAACAGUGGGGCAGCACAUCCGCCACAUGGACAUCGUAACGUGCCUGGCCACAGAUCACUUUGGGAUUCACCUGAUCUCUGGCUCUAGAGACACCACCUGUAUGGUGUGGCAGGUGCUACAGCAGGUAUGUUCUGUUCUCUUGGAAAAGCCACAUGAUCAUUCCGUGUCCAUCAUGCACCUGGCUGUGUCCUGGGAGGGACAUCUAGUGGUGCACACCUGUAUAGAGGGCAAAGCCACACUGAAGGAUAAGAAUGCCCUGCACCUGUACUCUGUGAACGGGAAGCACCUGUGCAGCGCACCUCUGAAGGAGCAGGUGACAGACAUGUGUGUUUCAGGAGAACAUGUGGUCAUUGGCAGCGAGCAGGGGUUCCUGUCUGUCAGAGAUCUGUACAGCCUGGCUCUGUGCGUGUCGCCGAUGGCGAUGCGGGUGCCCAUCCGGUGCGUGUCAGUGACCAAGGAGCAGUCUCACGUUCUGGUGGGCCUCGAUGACGGCAAGCUGAUCGUGGUGGGCGUGGGGAAACCCGCCGAGAUGCGUUCUGGCCAGAUUACGAGGAAACUCUGGGGCUCCAGUAAGCGUCUCACUCAGAUCUCGUCUGGGGAAACGGAGUAUCACACCCAAGAGCAACCCUGACCCCGCCCCUAAAUCACAGCCCUCCUGCCUGAUUGGCCCACUGCCCUGUCAAUCACCCAAAUCCAUCGUUUCAGAUGGGAGGAUGGCUCUCUCCUCUUGCUGAAACAAUAUGAAGGACUUUUUAGCACCUGUAUGCAAAUCUGUGUGUGUGUUGAGCCAAACGGAUGCGUGUUCCCUCGUGUAGUUGGACUGGUGCAGGCACCAUCUAACUACAUGUGUCUGAAUUCUGUGAAAACCCUAAUGUUGACCCUCCUGACUCCGCCCUCUCUGUCGUUUUCCACCACAUGUGCCACGCCCAUUUAGUUAAUCAUCAUUAACACACUGUUAUCAACAUCAUCAUCAGCAUCAUUACAACAUGUUUUUGUCAUGUCUACGUUCACAUGUGUGUUGAGUAUGUGUCCAGUUAUUUGUUUCUUUAGUGGCCUUGUCAUAUUUCAUAGGUUGUUUUAUUAGUGGACACAGGCAUUAUUUAUUUGCACAGUCUUGCUCUUGCACAGACCUCGAAAAGGGGAUGAUAUUGUACAUCAGUAUAAUACGCAUGACGUAUUCUGUUCCAACAGACAAACAUAUUUUAUAGCAAAACUGACAUCUGUAGGGUGCGAACGCUGAUUUUUAUUGUGCGUAACUGUUGAAUGUUGUCAUUCAUUACUUGAAUUGUGAUGCAGUUAUUUCAAUGAAGAAUGCAAGAUUUCAUUUUGUCGUGGAUGUCCAUGCAAAUAGUUUUAUAACCAUUCUACCGUUCUAGUUUGGUUUAUAGAUUUGUUGCAUCUGAAACACUACAAAUACAAAGGGGGAGAAGUUUCGAAGGGCUUUGUGAGACACGACAGUAAGCAAUACAGUUCGUCCCUCUGAAGCAUUCCACUGGCUAAUCGCUGCUCCGCAGUCUUCCUAGUAUCCAAACCGAGCACUACAUAGAGAGGAGGUACUUGUGUACCGCGGGACAGCUAGAACCAAUGCAGCAUAAGUCAGGUGAGACGCUGUUUCCCCUUCUCUUUUAUAUUUCUAAGCCAUGCAGUCUUCGUUUACUAUGCAGGUAAACAUCCAAGCCUUCUAGAGAAUUCAGUUACUGAUUGACAUCUGAAUUCUGCUUAUGCAGUUUUUAUUUCUUCACCGUAGGCUGGAGAUGUAUGCGUUUCCUUUACAAGAAUGUACCAUAGUGAUCAUAGUUUCCAGCAAAAUUCCUUUUAUAGUCACAAGUGUGUGAAAAGUACUAAAUUACUAGACUUAGUAUAGUGAUAAUAACUGGUAUUGUGGUGGAAACUAUAAUUACCAUUGUAUUUUUGUAAGGGUUUAGUUUGUGUCUCAUUUUCUUACACUAAUGUCUUAGAGUGACAACAUUCAUUCCUUUACUAAAGGUUGGUUGUUUGGAAACUUAUAAGCGAUAUGAAGACGUUAAUGAAGAUACUAAUACCAAAAUGCAGAUGUCUUUAUCAGGAUGUUCAUAUAGUUUUGUGUGUUGUAUGUUCUUCCAUAUAUGUGCUUUAGUUUGCUGUGGUGCUGACGUUUAGAUUUGAAGUCUGAAUCGGGAUGAGUUAUGUUCAUUUCCUAUCGCAAAGUGCUCCCUGCAUCUGCUGGUUGCUUUGGAAAUAAGUUAUACCAAGAGAUCUAAAUUAAUGCUUUGAUUUCUUUGCAUUUAUUCUAUUUUUUUUAGACUGUCAAUGUAAUGUAAAUCCCAGAGGUGGCUGAUUUUAUUCACAUGUCUGUUUGUAUGUAUAUGUGAUUCUCUUCCUUUAAUUAAAUGAAUGGAGUGCCUUUUUUAUUCUGUCGUCAUGCAAAUUAGUCUCCAUGAUCUGAACUCUACAGCAUGACCUUUCGUGACCCCUGUGGACAGCCACGGUUUCUGCGGGAACCAGACAAACUUCAGCAGUCCUGUGAUUUACUGAGCUGCUUUUGAUUUAGUCGUCACUAAUGGAUGUGUGUGUAUAUCUGUGCUUAUUUAUGAAUCCAGUAUGAAAUGUACAGCAUGAAUUUGAUUUCUGUUUAUGAAUUGUAUUGUUUUUGCACUUUCCAGGUACGACAAAUUGUAAGAGAUUGUUUUAAAUGUCUCCUUGAUCUGUACAGAGAAACUGCUUUGUUAUACGUGAAAAUUUAUCAUUAAAGCCCUGUUGAAAAGUCA